AUGGAUAAUCCAUCAUUACAGAAACAAGUAGAAACAUUACGACAACAGCUGAAAGUCGACAGAGUGCCACUAUCAAGAUCAUUGUCGGAUAUAAUGGACAAAGGUUCGUUACAAAAACAGAUUGAUUCAUUGAGAUAUCAACUACGAGUAGAAAAAGUACCACUAUCAAAAACGUUACAAGAGUUGAAACGAUAUAUUCAAGAAAAUGAGCCGACCGAUCCAUUAAUUCAUCCACCAGAUAAAAAAAGUAAUCCAUGGGCGGAAAAAAAAAACAAAGUCACUGUCUUGUCCGCGUAUGCAACGUAUAUUCAGUAUUGUCAGUGGGUUAGCAUACGUCCGCAAGCAUUAGGAGGAGAAGGUGGAUAA